CGGAUAACGCUGACGUAAGUCGACAAAAGGAGGAGGCAGAGAGCCGAGCGAGCCAGCUGACCCGCUCCAAGAUGCUCCUGCAGUCGCAGCUGGAGGAGCUGAGGAAACAUCUGGACGAGGAGGUGAAGGGCAAGCAGGUGAUGAGCAGCAGCCUGAGCUCAGCUCAGCAGGACUGCCAGCUGCUGAAGGAGCAGCUGG